UUUUUAAGCAUCUUUCUUUUUAUUAAAGUCUCUUUCCAUAACACAUUGAUAGGGAGGGAGACAGAGAGAGUUUUUGUUAUUAACGGCAUUAGCAAUAAUGGGUUGCUUCAGUUUUGGCAGUUCAAAAACCCCAUCCUCCAUGAAAGCCUCCUCAUCUUCGUCAACAUCAGAAGGUGUUGGAGAAAAUUCACAGCCCAAAAAUCUCAGACAAGAAAUCUUACUGCAGAUCCCAGGAUGCAGAGUUCAUCUGAUGGAUGAAGGAGAAGCUGUAGAACUUCUCAGUGGGGAGUUCAUGCUGCUGAGAAUCUUCGACCAAGAUAUUUGUCUUGCUACCAUAGUGAAAGUUGGAGAAGAUCUUCAAUGGCCAUUGACCAAAGAUGAGCCAGUAGUGAAGCUUGAUUCUCUCAGCUAUCUGUUUACGUUGCCUAUGAAAGAUGGUGAUCCCUUAAGCUAUGGUGUGUCUUUUCCAGAGCACUAUGGUGGUAGUUUGGGGUCACUGGACUCGUUCUUGAAGGAACACUCUUGCUUUACCGGCUUGACAUCGAACAAGAGUAAAGGUGUUGAUUGGAAAGAGUUUGCUCCGAGGGUUGAAGACUAUAACAACUUUUUGGCUAAGGCAAUUGCUGGAGGGACUGGUCAGAUUGUCAAGGGGAUCUUCAAAUGUAGCAAUGCUUACACCAACCAGGUCCAGAAGGGAGGGGAAAUGACUUUAGCUGGUGGUUCUGAGUAUGGAAAUGGUGUCACAAGGAAAGCAAAUGAUAGCAGCAUUAAGAAUUCUGGUACAACAAAGAAGAGUGGACUCAACAAAAACUUGAAACGUGUGAAAAAGUUAUCAAAGAUGACUGAGAAGCUAAGCAAAGCAAUGCUUGAUGGGGUUGGUGUCGCAACCGGAGCAGUGAUGGCACCUGUGGUUAAAUCCAAAGCAGGAAAGGCAUUCCUAUCCAUGGUUCCAGGAGAGGUCCUCUUAGCUUCACUUGAUGCUGUCAAUAUCGUUUUAGAUGCAGUUGAAGUAGCAGAAAAACAAGCUUUUUCUGCCACCUCCACAGCAACAACUAGAAUGGUCAGCAACAGGUUUGGGGAAAGUGCAGGGGAGGCCACAGGGGAUGCGCUUGCAACAGCAGGGCAUUGUGUUAACACUGCCUGGAACAUCUCUAAGAUACGCAAGGCAAUCAAUCCUUCAUCAUCUGUCACCAAUGGAGUUUUAAAAAGUGCUGCAAAAAAUAGAAAAAGUAAAUCUUAAAGAGCCAUUUUAACAUAGUGAACAACAUGUUUCGUGGGUGUGAAACUUAACAUGGGUUCGAAUCAGCUUGUGCUGUGUUGCAACUUGUAAGGCAUUUGCAAUAUUCUCUUUUCUUUUUAGUAAACUAAUUUCUUGUCUAA